CACUACACUUUACUUUUAAACAUACACACACAAAGAGAGUGGGACACCUGUAGAGCAACGAUAUGGACUCUUACUUAACAGAAAUCAAACAAUUGCGGAUACCGCGCCCGAAAUUCGAACCCAACGGCAGUCCGCCAAACAACUGGCACCGCCUGGUGCGGCCAUAUACGCCGCCGCGCGACUAUCACUUGCCAACCAAUGAGAUAAUCACCACCGCAAGCGCGUUGCAUCCGAAUCGGAGUUACCAAGGUGGCGCGGAGGAGUUCCGACCAACGUUGCACGAGAAAAUGUAAGCGGCUUUGCUCAGCGCACCGCACCAGCGCCGCUAACUACGACCACUGCAACCAUACGCAACCUUAGCGCCGCAAUCUUGAUGCUUUCCAUUGGUGUAAUUAAUGAAAUCCACUUGGUGAAUGGCAAGGGUGUCAAGUGUCGGUGUAGAAAAGAAAGAAAAGGUUGAAGUAACCGUAGUCGGUAAGCGGUAGCAGCGCAGGGCAUGUGCGGCUGAGUGCAGUGAGCGAUUCAAAGUGAUGAGGAUAAUGAGCAGAAUUAAUUUUACGCACGCUAUUAUUACGCUAUACAUAUAUAUAUAUAUAUAUCUACGAAAUACAUACUUAUAUGUAUGCAUGUUAGCUUACAUAUAUACAUGCAUAUAUUACAAACGCAGUAGAACCAUAUGUCUUUAAUAUAGUUUAAGCAGUUAUUUGAAUUUAAGGGUUCCACCAACAACUGGUGGAAAUAAUAUUUUUUAUUUGUGUAUUUACGGUAAUUUGUGAAUAUAGACGCAAUAAAAUUGUUGAUUUUAUUUGUAAAGUAAA